ACUUUCUCUGGAUUCAUUACCACCAAAUGUCCGCAUCAAAUUUCACCAAAACAUUUUAGUCUAUUAAUAUUAAAACGGAUUUAGUUCAUAUUUCUAUCGGUUGGCAAUGUGUCUAUGCGAUAUUUUGGUGUGAAUUGGUAUUCUGAUUCCACAGAAAAGCGAAAAGCGAGGAGCGAAGACCACGGGCGAAAGCAGGCGAGGUCUUCUGCGUGCCUGGCUCUGCCACAAAAACGUAUUUGAGUAUAUUUCAGGCUGUUGUUUGUUGAUAUUCGUUUAUUAGACGGACUCAAUCAACUCAAUUGUAUGUGAUUGUAUAAUGUAUAAGUCGCAGAUAUAAUAUGAUUGUAUAUACUCUACGAUUGUAUAUACUCUCUGAAAUAAGUGAAUAAGUGUUGUGUACCCGGCGUGAACUACGUGUGUUUUUUGAAGAUUGGUUGCUGUUUUCUUCAUACAACCUUAAAAGAAAUUAAAUUCUUUACAUUUGUGUAAAUCACAUGUUUAAAAUUUUUGGAAGUGAUGUUGUGACACCUGCUUUUGUGGUAGCAUAUUUUCAGUGACCUAAGUACAUUUAUAAAGUUGGAAAGAUGAGCAUCUAUAAACGAGCCCAACAAUGGACCACUUUUACCAGAGUGUGGCAUCUCUUCGAUGCUAAGUGGCAAAAUCCUUUUGAAUCAGCAAAAAUUAUUCAGAAGUAUUUGGCUGGUUUGCACAAACCUAUAUAUGGUCCUAGUGCAGAUACAGGAGACCAUGUCGUGGUGAUUAACAGUAAAGAAAUAGCUCUGCCUGGAGAUGAAUGGCAGAAGAGAGUGUAUUUUCAUCACACUGGUUUUGCUGGUGGAGCCUCUUGGACAUUUGCAUGGGAGCUGCAUGAGAAAGAUCCUACUUUGGUUUUGAAAAAAGCAAUUUACAACAGCAUGAAGGGCAACCUGUACAGACACACCAAGAUGGAAAGAUUGCAUAUAUAUCCUGAUGCCAAUGUACCAAAGGAAAUUCUUGAGAAUGUUACAAAUCAGAUCCGGCGUCCAAGAUUAAUACCAAAAAGACUUGAUGAGUAUUCUGAAGAAGAAGUGGAGAAGUUUCCAAAACUCAUAGAUUAUCCAGAGGACUAUGUAAUACAAAAAAUAAAGUAGAAUUUAUGAAUGACAUGAAUUCAAUUGAUAUACUGUUUCAGUGUGACUCGUUUACUAUUUAGUUCUAAUAUAAUGAAUUUCCCCACUGUGAACUGGUUUUGAAAUGUUACCUAAUUCAGAGAUUUACAAAACUAUCAAAGCGUUAUAUAUUUCUUUCCCUUUAGAUUUAGCUUUUCUGAGAUGAAAUAUUAAUACCGUUAUAAUUUGGUGCAUUAAUUCAUUACUAACCUGAGGAGAAAUUUUGUGUUUAAUCUGUAGAGUUUGUAUGAAUAAAGUUUUAUUAGUUGUAUUUAUUCAUAUCACUUUCUCACAAGUUAUUAUGUUAAAACAAGUACGAAUUGUGUAUGUACUGCACCUCUCUGGAAGGAAACAUUAAUGUGAGAGGGCAAUGUUUGUACAUGAAUUAUAAUUAGUUGUAAGUUAUGUUAAGACAAAUUCAUGUAUUGAUGUUUUACUGAUAACUCCUCAUUUUUGAGAAUUUAUUUUUUUGGCAAGAUGUCAUAGAGAUUAAAAACUAUUACUUUUGGUGCAGUGAAUUUAAGCAUCUCCAGUUAAUUGAAGAUUUCAUCAUUCAAAUCAAUGCAUUCAAUUACCACUUGAAUGAAAUGAUAGAACUUCGACAAAGGAAAGAGGAAAGAAAAGAAAAAUUAGUUUUGAGGAGAGAUGGCUCGCUGUAUCAACUGAUGUCACUGCAGUCCUUCUCACUGGGAGGUGCUAGGUUUGAGCCCUGAUGGUGACAGGAUUUUAGACACUAGCGUGUCAGCUAGGUC